ACCUUAGUACCCCUCUGAUCUGAGCUCUGUUUCAGUUCUUGAUCGGGUUAUCUUUCUUGCUUGUACAUUAAUUUCUACCUCCUCCUUCUUCCCCUGCUUCUGAGAAUCCCCUUUUUGUUUUAUAAUGAUAGAGUAGAGCCGAAUUUCAGCGUAUUUACGGGCUUAUCUACUGUCAUCGAAGAGCGUUUCCUCAGUUCUUCUUCCUUGCUUUGCUUUACAUCUUUUUCUCUCUCAGAAAAAAGAUUUCGGCUUUGGAACAGUCAUUUGGAAGUUCCUUCGGCUCCGCCUUCCUUCAGCUGGCCUUCGACAGGUUUUCCUCUCCUGAGUUGCUGGACUUUAUUCGUUGAUGGAAGAUCGACUUGGGCGAAGUGGAGUCACUGAAGCAGAUGUCAGCCACGAUUCAGGCCUUAUCUGAUGAAGCUGAAGUGAAGUAUUUCACCAGCUUUCCUGUGAAAGUGUGGCUCGACCGCCUGAAACAACUCCUCUAUGAUGCGGAUGACAUACUGGAUGAGUUUGCCACUGAGCUUCUACGUCUGAAAUUGAAAUCUGAAAAUCAGACCCACCUUCGCCAAACCCAACAGGGAAUUGGAAGGUUUGGAUCAAAAGGAAGGGAAGUCAAUGAGAGUUUAAAAAGUAUAGCGCAAGAAGGUAUUGUUCUAGGUUUGAAUCCAAGCAUAGCAUCUGGGCCCUCAAGGCUAAAGGUAUUCAGUCAGAGGCCACCGACAAGUUCUUUGGUGAAUAGUUCUAAAGUUUUAGCAGAGAGAAAGAUAUCUGGAAGAUUGUUAAAUGGAAAAAACUCCAAGUCAUCCCGGUAACACUGAUAGUAAUUUUC